CACGCUGCGCUUUCAUUGGUCAGCUGAGCGACUUCCACCAACUGCCUCCACCUGCAAUCGCCAACCGCAGGGAACCGCGAGACACUCAAAAACCGACGGGCCCCGAUUCUCUCGCUUCGAAAUGCAGCAACGACGAGAAAUUCGGACAUUCCGUUCCGGUUGAAAAGGGAAUCGGAUUCCGAGGAAUUGCGUCGAAUCCAAAGUUGCGGAAACCGCGAAAACUCGAGGGACGAAGGAAACAGAAACAGGAGCCCCGUUACGAGCAAAAGCUGCCAAAGUAUAGCGUCUCUGGGGCGCCGUGAUGAAGUGUUGCAUGGUAAUAAUGACUGCUUCCGCAAGCAAUGCCUGCGAAGGAUGUUUAUGACUUGAGAGGGCCAUGUGCUUGUAAAAAAGUGCUUUGAAACGAAUGAGGAAAAAGAUCGACCCCGGGACUGGCGUCCGCAUUUCGCGUGAAUCUGCCGCCAGGGACGACAGCAGCUCGGUAGGACCACCAGCUGGUGCAGCCAUUGAUAAAGGAAUGCUAGGGUGAAGUGACAGUGCAAAGGGUGGAAGCUUAAAUCAUGGGCGUGGGCGAGUUGUGGGUGCCAGUCAGGGCUCCGUAAGAGACUCCGCCCACCGACAAGUGGGCGGCAGGAACCAGAAUCCAGCUCAGUUGAUGCCCCACAAUUACAGUGUAUCGCCACGACCUUUUGGGACUGUAAUCUUGUGUGCCGCAUUAUUUCGCCCGCCCCCCGUCGAGUCGGCUGCCCUCUAAUCACGAAUUCUCGGCGCGUACGCCCGCGACAGCACGUGAGCUACACGAGCACGGGAGAGAGAGAAAAAAGCACGUGCCAAUCGAGAAACUUUUAGAUUUGUUUUACUGAAAAGAUCUCGGGGAUAGCGCGCGCGCGGGGAGUUGGGGACUGUCCUGUGACGAGACGCUGGAGGGAGUGGUGAGGGGGGAAGGUCCCAGGGAGGAGAGGGGUAGGAGGAGGCGGGGGAGGGGCACAGGGAGGCAGUAAGCCAGAAAGAAAAGAGAGAGAGCGAGACAGCGAGAGAGAGGGGGACAGGGGGGCGUGGCUCUUGAACAGUGCCACAAGUGCCAUCAUGAUGGAGGUGCCCAACCUCAUAGGGGGGACUACCCCAUCCACCACCAGCGGAAUUGGUGGAGGAGGGCUGAACACUCUCAUCAAUACCACCACCACAACCAUCAACACCACAAUUGGUAACAACAAUAACAACAACAGCGGCAGUACAAUGACCAGCGGGGGGCGCGGCGUCCCCUCCGUAUUCUCCAUAUCUGCACUCGUCAAUUCUAACUCUCCACCAUCUUCUGUCACAGGGUACCUCACAGGCAGCCGGUCAUCCCCUUCCCCGGGCGUCAUGGGCGUCAAAUGCACCAGCGACGCAUCCACGCCGCCCACGCCGACGCAGCCUCUAACGGUGUGCCCGCCCAUCUCUCCUAAGGUCACCCUGACGCCCACGCCCGACGACGACGCCAUCGAGCCGGACGUCGACGUGACGGACGAGGGCGACAUGGAAGGGUCGGAUGAGGGGGAGGGAGCAGGGGGGGACGCGGGGGAGGGAGGGGGAGGAGGGGAGGGAGACGACUUCACGCCCAAGAGGAAGCAGCGUCGCUACAGGACCACCUUCACCUCCUUCCAGCUGGAGGAGCUCGAGAAGGCCUUCGCUAGGACCCACUACCCGGAUGUCUUCACAAGGGAGGAGCUAGCUAUGAAGAUUGGACUGACGGAAGCCAGAAUACAGGUUUGGUUCCAGAACCGAAGGGCCAAGUGGAGAAAACAGGAGAAGGUCGGACCGUCGACGCACCCUUACGGCGCCUUCCCGCCCUCGGCGCCCUUGCCCUUACAGAACCCAGCGCUGCCACCAACCAUCUCCAGCCCCUUCGCAGGGCUGGGAUACAUAAGGAAACCGCCCUCGUUCGAUUCACCGCCCAUGCUACCUCCGGCAGCGUCCAGACUGCCAGCAUCUUACCUGCAAGCCGCAGCGGCACAACUGCUACCUGGCGCAGGAUACCUGGCGGGGAUGUCUGGCCUCCGGGAACUCAGCCAGUACAGGGCCAGCCUCCUCCCCCCGCACCACUACCAGCCAUCCUUCACCCAUCUCCUGGCGGGGCUCUCCUCCCGGCCGAAGCUUCCGGAUGCAGACUACGCCACUCUUUUGGCAUCCAUGCCCGCCCUCCAACCGCCGCCCCUAGCUCCGCUGUCGCCAGCUACGCCCCCGGAUCCUCCAAGGGUUAGCGGAUCUUCAGGAGGGACACCCAGGGGACGGUCUUCCCCGCCAACGACGACGUCCAGCUCUGGGGGCGUGGACCAAGACCGAAGGGCUUCGUCCAUAGCGGAAUUGAGGUUAAGGGCACGGGAGCACGAGCUGCGGCUGGAGAUGCUGAGGAAACACGGGGACGUGGUGACCUGAGUGGACGAGGAAGGAGGGAGCGACGCCCCCUCCGGAAGAAACACCAGUGUCACUCUAACAUGAAUAUUGGAAUGGAGAAGAAAGGUCUCCAUAGGUAUGGAAUUAAUCCUACAUCAAUAGGAACAGAACUAUUAACAUAAUCAGUGACUAAUUAAUCUACCAUUUUUUUGUUGUUGCUUUUUAAAGCUUUGUUAUGUAAAAUAAAAUGUCCUUUUGAACGCGGUUAACACCACCCAAGAGGAAAUGUGAUUGCACAAAAUCCGUCCUAUACGUAUACCUAGAAAUCUAAGUGUUAGAACUUUUAAUAUCCUCUCAUUUAACUAUAAUUGUGAAAGUGAAGUGACCAUGUAGUGAUAACCAAACAUUUCUACCACAAUUAAAGCAUAAGUUUUGACGAAUCGUGAGACUCGUCGAUUUACAGAGGUUGAUAUCUAAUUGUUAGAAAAUCGCACAAUGAAAAUAUGAGUCAUUGUAAUAAUAGGGAAAACAUAUGUGAGGAAUAAAUUGCCGCCAGUGUAUUCAACUUUCAACAUUCUGAUAGUACCUAAAAAACUAGAGAACCCUCUGAUUAGCUACCUAAGACAAGUUGGCCUUUCGACUGGUUGUGAAACAGGUUUGUCUCCUGACUGACUUUGUGGCACAGAAGAGGUCUUCUGACUGACUAGUUAUGAUAAGGUAUCUUAAAUACGGAUUCUCCUUGAUAAACUAUCUGACAGAAGUUUCUCCUAUUUGCUAUCAGUCUCGCAACUCCGCUAACCGACAAAAAGAAUAAUUUUAUUCAACUAUUUACCGUAAAGCUCCCCCCGCCCCCCCAUCCGGCUGUCUAUUAUACAGGGCUGUCCUUGACAGGCAGAAAUAUGGAUCUCCUGUCUAACUUCAAAAAACAUUAGUUCUCAUAUUUGCUAAGUGACCUGCUUGUCUAGCUGAUACAAGCAAGUCUCUUCCAUUUACCCAGCGAACACAAACGUGGAGUUCUCUAUAUAUAUCUACGUGACACCAGCGGGAACUCUAUUUGGCUAGUUAACCCAAGUACUCUUCAGAAGAGUCCUCUGCUCGGCUACCCAGUUUACACAUGAUUUCCGUCUAUUCUGCCAGCUGUCAGAUUACUGACGGACCAUCUACCGACAGGAGAUCCAAUGAUCAGCCAUCUGCCACAAUCAGCCAUUUACUUAGUGAAUAUAAAAAGCAAAGGUUUUCUGGUGACAAUUAAGAAAUAAACAUACCAGUCAUGAAAAGGUAACAGAUAAAAAAAAAACAAAGAAGAAUUCAAAACAAGACAAUUUAUGUGUCCCGGGGAAUUGGAAGUUUUGAUGCACAUCAAAAUAUAAAUCAUGCAUGGUCUCUCGUGAUUAGUUUAUUUCCCUAAAGUAUAAGAGGCCACGGCAAAAAAAGAUUAAAAAAACUAUUAUAAACAGGAGGGUCAUCAAUACACUUAACCAAAAUAUACAUGGCAUCUAAGAACUUGUGUCCAACAAUAUCUACUCCGAAAAAAAAAGAUGCAAUAGCCCCAGGAAACUGAUGCACUCCAAGGAAAUGAAAAUCACGACCAUGACUGUUCUCCAGUGUUUCAGACACGUGAGGAAAAUGGACACUCAUUCCAUUAUUUAAGGUGCUUAAUGACUUUACUCAGCAUAGCAUUAAUUUGUCUUCUCAUUAAUCAACUUGUAAUUAACUCAACAGCCAUCAAAAAACAAAAAGCUAACAAUUCUACUAACCUAGUGUAUGUAUACAGAAUAAGUACCUCAGUUAAUUCUAAUUAACUUUGUUAUACUUUCUUUUUAAAUUAUCCAGCAUUCUCCUAGUUCUAGAGAUAUCAUGCAAUGCCAGACAGCAAUCGCAAACUGCCGAGAUACCAAUAUCAGAGAUUGAAAUGCUUACUGUCAUAUGGCCGUGUACAUUAGGACAUUUAACCAGCAUCUCAAUCUACUAAAAAAUAACAUAAUUUUCUAGGCAACCGUCAUUAGUCUAAUUUGCUUACGACGGCAAACCAACAACUUUCCCUGUUUCAAAGGGAUAGACAAGAGCCAGUCGCCCGGCUGAAUGAACGAAGGCCAGUGGCUCAAAAAGAAGAAGAAGAAGAAGAAGAAGAAGGGAAAUAAUGAAACACUAAAGAAAAUAGUUCCGUAGUCAAUGAAGCUAUUUCUUUAUACGUACUCAAAUCCUCCGCUCGAAACAAAUUCAACUACAGUAAUGUAGAUGACGUUAAUAGAUGUUCAUGAUCCUCACAUUAUUUCCCAUACCUGUCUGGUGUAGACAUCUUUAGUGAUGUUUACUACUACAGCUGAGACAUUUAAAAUCAUGUAGAUGAUGUUAAUGAUGUUAAAAGUGAAUCAACCCCUUACAUAAUUCGCAAACAGUAGAUGUGAUGUUUGCAGUAAAGAUAUUUUGUUGUAUAUAUUUUCUGAAGAUUUUAUUAUAUCAAAUGGAAUGUGAAACGUCAUCAUUAUUAUUCACCUGUCCUCAUUAUUUUCUACCUGUCAUAAUUGUAUUCUACCUAAUUACAAAAUGAAGUACUUACAGGUGUUUCGAGACAUUAACCGAAAUAUAAGAGAGUGUUCGUAAGUAUAAAAGCAACUAUCUCAGAAUCUGUCUCAAUAAAUGGCUGUAGAUUUAGAAAUUGGGUUUCAACAAUCAUGUAGCUUCAGAAAAUGGGCGAAUGACGUUAUGUUAUGAUAGAGUUAAUUGUGUUACUUUGUGAAAAUCUAUUAAAAGCAAAGGUAAAUCAUGAUCCAUAAACUCCCUGAGA